GUGGUGUUGUUGUUAUUGAAAAAAGCAAUGUUUUUGCUUAAAUUAAUUUGUAUCCUUGGUCUUCUAUCAAGGAAUGUUAUUUGUCGUGACGACAAUGAUAUUAAAUCAGAAGAAGAUGUCGGUGUCAAAUACGCCAAUAGAUGUGAAGUUUGCAAAAUUCUAGCAACGGAAUUGCAGAACAGACUCGAAGAGACCGGCAAAGUUCAUGAAGUUAUUGAAAUCGGAUACUCCCUCGACGAUGUUCAACCGAAAAAGAAAACGAAAUAUCAGAAAUCUGAAUUAAGGCUUAUCGAAUCUUUAGAGGGUGUGUGCGAUAGAAUAUUGGAAUACAAUAUUCACAAAGAAAGGUCCGAUAGUACAAGAUUUGCCAAAGGAAUGAGUCAAACAUUUAAGACCCUUCACGGUCUCGUAGAUAAAGGUGUAAAAGUGGAUCUCGGAAUACCAUUGGAACUGUGGGAUAAACCUUCUGCUGAAAUUACCCAUAUGAAAACACAAUGUGAAAGCCUUUUAGAAGAGAACGAAAUAGCCGUCGAAGACUGGUAUUGGAACCAUCAAGGUAAAGAAGAUCUCAAAAUAUAUUUAUGUACAAAACAUGCUUUGAAAGGAGUUGAUGAUUAUUGUCUCUACGAAGAGUUAAAUAAUGAAAAAGGUGAAAAAGGUAUUAAAGAAAGAUCAGAGCUUUGAGAUUUAUUUAAUAGACACAAAUAUGUACUGAAAAAACUUUAAACAUGUGAUCUACAAUAAUAUACUGUGGUAUCGAGAUUAAUUGUGUAGGUAAAGUAAAGUGAGAAUGGAUAAUAUCUGUACAUUGAAUCAGUAUGUUUCAGUGAAUGUUUUUUGCUAUAAAUAAUAGAAUUAAACUUAAUUUUGUUACAAAGUCAAGUGAUCAGAGAGCUGUUUUUAUUUUAAUACAAUUUAAUUUUUAAGUAUGAAUUAUAUUCUUAUUUGAAAUCCUUUAUGUUCCUAUAUUAACAUAUUGAA